AUUCCCACUCUUCAGAGAACCAUGGCGGACUGUCAGCGAGUGAACAGAGCUAUAUAGCAUAUUUGAAAAGAGAAUUCUGAAUACAGCAGGGACUAGAGCACUCUAGCCUCGUGCUUUUACAGAGAACAACAGAAAAGUAAUUCUUGAUGCUCCCGGCUUCCUUGAGAGGGAAGCAGCAUUCAGCUACAUCAUUCCCAGCGGGUCCAACAGGCGAUUGCAGAGUUGGAUAAGCCAGCAAUAAUUGCAAAACACUGCAGCUUUACCUUGUCUAUCAGAGUCUGGUUUCCUGCUGCUGUACAGCAUCCCACUCUUUGGAAACGGCAUUCGACCAGUUCUGCAGCUCCCCAGCCAGUGAAAAACCCCAAAGAACUAUUCAAAGAGGGGAAACCACUGACAGGUGGAUUUCAUUACCAAGCAGCAAACUGGCAAGUCACCCCCUGAUUUGGGACCGGCGCUUUGUGAGAUGAACUUCACACAGCACUAUGGAGUUCACGAACCUCUCGGCUUGUGGAAUCGCAGCUACGGACUACGUGGCGGAGGAGGCACGAAUCGAUCCCUGGGGAAGGCUUACUCUUCGGAAGGCUGCUACGAGCAACUUUUCGUCUCGCCCGAAGUGUUCGUCAUGCUUGGCUUUGUCAGCUUGCUGGAGAACGUGCUGGUGAUUGUGGCCAUCGCCAAGAACAAGAACUUGCAUUCGCCGAUGUAUUUCUUCAUCUGCAGCUUGGCGGUGGCCGACAUGCUGGUGAGCGUCUCCAACGGGUCGGAGACCAUCGUCAUCACCCUGCUGAACAACACCGACGCGGACGCGCAAGGCUUCACCGUCAGCAUCGACAACAUCAUUGACUCGGUCAUCUGCAGCUCUUUGCUGGCCUCCAUCUGCAGCCUGCUCUCCAUUGCUGUGGACAGGUAUUUCACCAUCUUCUACGCUCUCCAGUAUCACAACAUCAUGACUGUGAAGCGUGUGUUCAUCAUCAUCACCUGCAUUUGGGCUGCUUGCACCAUCUCGGGCAUUCUGUUCAUCAUUUACUCCGACAGCAGCGCCGUCAUCAUUUGCCUCAUCACCAUGUUCUUCACCAUGCUGGUCCUCAUGGCUUCUCUCUAUGUCCACAUGUUCCUGCUGGCCCGGCUGCACAUUAAGAAGAUUGCCAUUCUCCCUGGCAGCGGCCCAAUACGCCAGGGCGCCAAUAUGAAAGGGGCCAUCACCCUCACCAUCUUGAUUGGUGUGUUUGUUGUGUGCUGGGCUCCGCUCUUCCUUCACUUGCUCUUCUACAUCUCCUGCCCUCACAACCCUUACUGCAUCUGCUUCAUGUCCCACUUUAACCUGUACCUCAUCCUUAUCAUGUGCAACUCCAUUAUCGACCCUCUUAUCUACGCAUUCCGGAGUCAAGAGCUGAGGAAAACCUUCAAGGAGAUCAUGUGCUGCUGCAGCUUGCGAGAGCUCUGCGAUUUCUCUGGCAAAUACUGAGUGGAUGUGGCAAGGCUACCACACAGACACACACUUGCCACUUUUAAGGCUGUCUUGGCUACAUCCAUAACAACGAACCUCUUCCUCCUGUAGUUAUUAGUUGCAUCUUUCCUCCUCCUCGCUUGUCAUGCUUCAAGUGCAAUUAUUUCAAUGUCAAAGCAGUGGUGGUGAUUGGAAAUGUUCCGACAGACUGCAAUUAAAGGAACAAUGUCAACUUAUUUUUGAAACUGCCAGACACCAAUAAAUGGAUUCUGAGGAUUGCAAAGAAACAGUUGCCUUAUAAAUGCACGUAACUGUGCAGAUAUAAAAUGCACACAGCCGUGUUCUUAGACUUGCUCCAUUACACUGCAUUUGUUCAAGAGCUGGAGCUGGUUUGUGCCUCACACUCAUGUUGCUAAUUUUAAUUAAAUACUAGUGGGCGUUAUUACAGGGCUCUGUUUUUAUUCCACACUGAGCUCAAAUGUAUAUUAAAGAGGCAUCGUUUGAUGGCAUCAAUCUAGCUAAAGUUAGAUAGAACUAGCAACCAUUGGGGUAACUGAAAUUGGAUUUUUUGGAGGGGACUGUAAAUUAUGCUGUAAAUGGUGUUAUGAGCAAUGUUUUGUUUCCCUGAAAGUGUUCAUAUUGGAUUGUGACAAUAAGAAAUGUCGUUUGUAUUUAUUUACUUGCUUGAUUUACUUAAACAUGUUUGCUCAAGGUGAAAUACAGAAUUAAAGCACACCUUAAACACAGAAUCGAG